UGGGAGGAGAGCCUUGCCAAGAAGGAAUCCGGAGUAACCCUGUACAAGCGGAGACACUUUUAGAUCGUUUACUCGUCGCGCUAUUCAACUUGCAGCAUCUGAGAUCUUGUGACAUCUCAUGCACAGCACCACAUCCGUGGAAUAUCUCGUAGUCCACAAUGUGUGAAUGAGACAUUAGGCACGAAAUGAGAAUUCUCUUGUCGACCCGGUGACAAGCAGCCUCGCUGGCGCAAACCUCAAGUAGCGACACCUUCGGCCAGUGACUCCAUCCACCAAAAUGCCCGCACCCAGCAAAGCCGGCAUCGCGACUACUGCCGACGGCUCGGCUUACAUUCCUGCAUCAAAGCGUGCCGAUGGAUCCACAAGAAAAGAAAUCAAGGUGAGGCCCGGGUACCGACCCCCAGAAGAUGUCGAGACGUAUAAGAACCGAAGCGCGGAGGCAUGGAAGAAUAGAGGCACAGGUGGUGUCCCUGGUGCCGAUUCAGUCGCUCUCAGCAAGGAUGAUGGUCAAUCCAAGAGCAAGAAUGCCAAAAGAAGGGAGGCUGCGCGCAAGAAGGCCGGCACGGACGACGCAACCGAGGAGGAAGUCACAUCGGCAAUGCAAAAAACCAACAUAACAGACGUGGACAAACGCAAUGAAAACUGGCGCGAUCCCUCCAAGGCCCACAUCAGCGACGAGGCGACUCAACAGGAAGACAUCCAGAAGAAGAUCCGUAACCAGCUUAAGAAAUUGAAGGCUGUGAAAGAAUUGAGGGAGAAGCGCGCGGCCGGGGAGAAAUUGUCGCACGACCAAAUCAUGAAGCUGGGAAAGGAGGGCGAAUUACUCCGUGACUUGAGGAAGUUGGGUUACGACGGACCAGAACUACAGCAAGAUGCGGCUGAUCAUAGUACUGCCGCUGCUGCACCCUCAGAUUCAGCGGAUUGAUACUGAGUCGAAUCGAGACCUUUUGACCAAAGAGGGCCUCCCAAUUAGAGGCUACCAAAACAUCCAAGGUAUUCAUUUCGGCUCGAGCAACCACAGCCACGAGCAGAACCACCACCAGUGUCGAGAGGCAAUCCCUCAAACGCAGAUACUGCUUUCCCAAACCAAGCUACUGCUUUGGGUAAAACCCGCCUCAGAUGGAUCAGAGGCAAGGCACUAGACGCCGGCUUCGAGACGAUGAGUGGCACUCUUCAGAACCAUUAUACAUGUGCCUGUAUGAAUAGGUCGUAUGAUCGAUCUCGUGGAGGCACCACUCGAGAACGAUGCCUCGAAAGCGGUAAAAGGGGCAGGUGCGCCGAAGGCACGCAUCAUACAUUCCGAAGAUCAUCCAUAGAACUUCAAUCCCUUC